CACAGUUCAAACAAAGGAGAAAUAACUACAAUUGUACUGUCUCUGCGUUUUAGUCUUUUUCUGACCAGUCAACAGUGUUCGAGCACUGAAGCCACCUCCGACGACCCUGUUGCCGGAGCUUAAUGAUCAAAGGCUUUCACAAAAUGAAUCAACUCUCUAAUGGCUUCUCAUGUCUGAAUUUGGAUGUCGCCGAUAGCCAGGAUGACACAGAAACUCUUGGGGAAACUGAGACAGUAAAUGGAAGAGGUAAAGCCAAGGAAAAAGAUGACAACUCAGGAGAGUACGAAUUGCCACUUGUAUGGAUUGACCUUGAGAUGACUGGUUUGGAUAUUGAAGUUGAAAGGAUAUUGGAGAUUGCUUGUAUAAUUACUGAUGGAAACUUGACCAAAUCAAUUGAGGAAUUCAUUUUGUGCUUUCAAAAACAGGGUCCUGAUUUAGUUAUACAUCAAACCAAGGAGUGUCUGGACAAUAUGGGAGAAUGGUGUCAGAGCCAUCAUGCAGCAAGUGGUUUGACUCAGAAGGUGCUCGAGAGUACCAUCACUGAAGAAGAAGCCGAGAAGCAGGUUGUUGAAUUUGUCAAGAGAAAUAUAAGGACGUAUACACCACUGCUCGCAGGCAAUUCAAUCUAUACGGAUCUUCUUUUUCUGAAGAAGUUUAUGCCAAAUUUGGCAAGUUUGUUUUCGCAUGUACUUGUUGACGUCAGCAGCGUAAAGGCACUGUGUUUUCGUUGGUAUCCAAGAGACAACAGGAAGGCUCCUAAAAAGCAAAACAAGCACAGAGCUAUGGAUGACAUUAAGGAGAGCAUAGCUGAACUCAAAUACUUCAAGGAGCACAUAUUCAAAGCCUCCAAGUCUAAAAAGUGACAGUGAAUGAAACUGUGAUCUCAUAAUUAUGAUUCCUAAGAUGUGGUGUUACCUGCCAGUGGAAAGUGAUUCUUGGAUUUUAGAUGUAAAAAGGUCUUUGGUCUAAAUUAUGAACUCAGCCAUGUUUGACAAACUGAUUUUAUACUAUCACAUUAUUGGCUAUCAUAUUGAGUUCCAACUUAGAGCUCCACGAUUGUGUCCCUAUUUGGCAUUGUUGUUAACUUUAAGCGCACUUGACCUACUAU